CUUCUGCAGAUUCCGAUUCCUGAAGCUAGAUCGUCACGUUGAUCGAUCACUGAAUCUUUUGCUAAGAUUCUGAGUUCAAGAAGAUGGUGUUGAUCGAAUCUGAUGAAAGCGAUGAUGAAAUCACCGUUAAAGAAGAGCUAAAUCAAUCUCGUUCUUCCUCGUCGCAGCCCGAAACAACGACAGCGACGGAGUCAAAACUUGUAGCCGGAGAUGAUUCCGAUGGAUUCGAAACUGCUAGCGAACGAGAAGUGAGUGAUAACGAAGAAGAAGAUGAAAUUGAACAGAUACAACAAUCAGAUAAGCCUGAGAAUAAAGAUGACGAAUCAAAACAGAAAGCUAUGGAAGAUGCAAAUGAAGCUAAAUUAGAAGGAAACAAACUAUUUGGGAAUGGUGUUUAUGAAGAGGCAUUGUUAAAGUAUGAGCUUGCUUUACAAUUUGCUCAGGAGGUUCUAGAAUCUGAGGAACUUCGUUCGAUUUGUUAUUCGAAUAGAGCUAUAUGUUAUCUCAAAUUGGGUAUAUAUGCAGAAGCAAUUGAGGAAUGUACAAAAGCGAUAGAGCUUAAUCCGAGCUAUACGAAAGCUUUUGUUCGUCGUGCGGAAGCUCAUGAGAAGCUGGAUUUGCUUGUUAAUUACAUGAAGAGUGAUGUUAUAAAUUAAAGGGCAAGAAAUUGUUUUAAUAAGAAUAGUUUGUUUAC